AUGAAACCACACACGCAAACAGCAGCUCCUCCCCUGACAGUAAAGAACCUUAGUAGUCAGACCCUUUCACCCGCCGAAACAGCCAUCCUUGCCAAAGGACACAACUUUGCAGUCACCCCCUCCAGGAUCCCGACAGAAGAGAUCAUCAGCCAAAUAGAAACCGCCAUCUUCCAUCUCCCACCUGAAGCAGGAAACAUCAGACAGCAGUCAGCCCAGAUCCUCCGAAAAGCCAAACUUCCCAUCCAAAACAUUAACAGGGAAGAACGACUAGCGCUUCGAAGCCUAAGACAGAAUGACGACAUCCUCAUCCUACCGGCGGACAAAGGCAACACAACAGUGGUGAUGGACAAAAAAGACUACCACAACAAAGUCAACACCUUGCUGUCCGACGCCCAAGUCUACAAAAAACUAAAACGCGAUCCAACCACUAGCGUAGAGAAGAAAACCUCCUCCCUGAUCAAAAAGGCGAACCUCCCUCCGCUAACCACGAAAUACCUGAUCCCCAGCGACAGCUCAGCACCCAGACUAUAUGGCCUCCCGAAGAUCCACAAAGAAUCAGUCCCCCUACGGCCUAUCGUCAGCAACAUCGGGGACCCCACCUACCAACUAGCCAGCUACCUCACCAAACCCCUCCAAAAACUUACCAGCCUCAACGACUCCCACAUCAGGAACUCAAUGGACUUCGUGAACAGAGUAACCAAGAUAAAAACCAAGCCCAACGACAUCCUGGCAAGCUUCGACGUGGUUUCCCUGUUCACCAACGUCCCAGCCCAAGACACUCUGGACAUCAUCAGAACAUCCAAAGAGAUUCCAUCCACCCUGUUCCCAUUAAUAGAACACUGCCUCAACUCCACCUAUUUCCGGUUCGAAGGAGAAUUCUACGAACAAACCACGGGAGCAGCAAUGGGAUCCCCGAUAUCACCCAUCAUUGCAAACAUCUUUAUGGAACAUUUCGAGAAUGAAAUCCUGAAGAAGGCCCCACUAAAACCCUCCACAUGGUUCCGGUACGUGGACGACACCUUCGUCAUCUGGAACCACGGAAGGGAAACUCUACCUCAUUUCCUCACUUUCAUUAACUCCCAACAUCCCAACAUCCAAUUCACAAUGGAGACCGAACAGAAUUCCCAAAUCCCCUUCCUGGAUGUCCUGGUCCGUAGGAACGAAGACGGCACCCUAAGCCACAACGUCUACCGCAAACCAACACACACGGACCGAUACCUCCACGCAAACUCCCACCAUCACCCCGCCCAAAAGAAUUCGGUAAUCAGCUCUCUAGUCCACAGAGCACUCUCCAUCUCGGAACCAGCCGCCCUGAACGGAGAGCUAAACCACCUUCACCGAACCCUGACCAGGAACGGAUACAGCAGCAGAAACAUCAACCGUACCAUCAAGAAGCUGACCAACAAGGAAUCCGGCCAGAACAACAACACGACGCCAGAGACAGAGAAAGAGAAGAUUAAGGCAGUAGUACUCCCAUACGUCAGAGGCACCACGGACCGCAUCAGCAGAAUUCUGAACAAACACAACAUCAAAGCGAUCUUCAAACCUUGCAACAAGCUCUCACAAAUGCUCCCUAAUCCCAAGGACCGGAGACCCCCUUUGACAGCCCCAGGGGUUUACAAGGUCCCAUGCUCCUGCGGCAAAGCGUACAUAGGAGAAACCGGGAGGAAGAUUAGUACACGAAUCAAGGAACACCAGCGAUGUACCAAAUACGGCCACUUCUCACAAUCAGCUCUAGCCGAACACAAGAUCGAGACCGGACACGCCAUCCAGUUCGACAAAGCCACCAUGCUGGCCCCGUCCCAAAGCUAUUUCGCACGAAAACACCGCGAAGAAAAACCGAUAGAAACCGAUUGUUACCGCUUCAAUUCUAUCUGGAAAUACCAGAUUGAAUCAGAUUACGGAUUGAAUCCGAUUGAUCUUGCAUUUCCGGUGCCCGAUUGGCCCGAUUGA